GCCAAGCCACUGUGACACAAACUGCACCGUACGAAUUAUGUACCGAGAGGAACGGGAAAAGUACAUGGUUGGAUUUACCCAUUUCUAAAAAUAGAAAUUCACGCCAUUUGCAACAUGGAAAUCACAGUUGAAUUUGGGGGUGGAGCAGAACUUUUGUUUGAUAAAAUAAAGAAACACAAUGUGACCCUUCCAUCAAAAGAAACUCCUUGGACAGUACGAGAGCUUUUGCCAUGGAUGAAGGAUAAUAUGUUGAAAGAGCGACCAGAACUUUUUCUUCAAGGCGAAACAGUUCGACCAGGAAUUCUUGUGCUAAUAAAUGAUGCAGACUGGGAACUCAUGGGAGAAUUGGAUUACCCAAUAGAAGCUAAGGACAAAAUUGUGUUUAUAUCAACAUUACAUGGUGGAUAGUAUAAUGGUUUAAAUUUAGAUACUCAGCGAUAAUUUGACAGUGAUUUGUGGCAAUUGAGAAUAAAUAUACAUAUAUGAGUUGUGAUAAAGGAAAUCUGGAAUAUUUUGUAGUGAUAACAUCUGCAGGUUUAUGAGGACAUCCAGGAACAUGCCUGGGAAAUGUUAUAUAUUGUCACCUUAGUACAGUAACUGGUUAAUAGAAUGUAGCUACUCGCACAUAUAUGCUAUAUUGAAUAACACCUUGGACAACCAUUCUAUGUAUUUGGUUACAUAUUUUCCUUCAUCAGGGGAUGGAUCUUUCCAGCGUUGACAGUUUUAUGCAAAUUGACUGACUGCUUAUCUAGUUGCUACACAGCAUAGUCACUUACACAAAAAGAACACAUGGUUUUAUUUGUUAUAUACUGUUUAUAAGCAGUUGACAUAGCACACUAUGGAAAAGAUGGGGCUAAAUUUUUUCACUGGUAAAAACUGGAACGAUCCAAUGUCAUCCCAAAUUUAACUUAUGCAAUUUAUUUUUAUGAUAUAAGGAGCAUAUAAUUUGAUAGAAUUAAAGACACAUUCUGCCUCUGAAAUUGAUACUUUUUUAAUUCUUUAGAAAGAUCCAAGAUGUGUUUACUAUUGUAUUAAUAAUGGAUUUUGAGCAUGUCAGAUAACAGUAAUGCUGAAUAUACAGUUAUAUGAAGUAAAUUUAGUAAAAUUUCAACAAAGAAGUAAUUUGACUUCCAUACAAAGUACUGAAUCAAUAUAAUUAACAAUAUAGUAAAUGUGUAGCAUUUUAGAAACUGUUACAAGAGACAAAAUAUAAAAAGUUUAAGAGAAAUGAGAAAGAUGGCAUCUCACGGCUUAAUUGGCCUUUAAUUAAUUGUAAAUAUCUCAGAACAAAGCAAAUAGCAAAUAAGAUUACAUUCAAAAGUUUAAAGCUGUAUCAUAUUCUAAUGCAUUGUUUUUACAAAUUUUAUAAACAGUUGUGUGCAAAAAUUAUUUUGAAAAACGACCCAAAAGUGAAAUGGGUUGCAACACUUUUCACUCAAACUGUGCUAAGAAUAGCACAAAAAUUUAAUUGUCAAUUUAUUUCUGGGGAUAUUUCUUAAUUAUCUUUUGCAUAUUUUUCUGUUUUAAGUGCCCCAGCUGAUCUAUAUAAGAAAUUAAAGUUUUAUGUUUUAAGUCUUUAGUACCUCAAGUGGAAUUUCUUUAAAUAACCUUAUAUAUGAGUCAUGGAGGAGUUGUACAAUAAAUGUCACUAUUAUUUUGCAUGCAUAAAAGUAUUGUAUGUAAAUGGAAUAAAAUGUUCCCAAACAAAA